UCUCUCUGAAACUACUACGACUGAGCUCAACUCAGAACAAAACGAAUCGAAUCGCCUCAAAAUGAAAUUCGCAAUUCUUUUACUCGUUGCCAGCAUCGCCUGCAUUAAUGCACAGGCCUUCGGUCCUUUUGCGGGCGGCAAUCCUUUUGCAGCUGCAUUUAAUCCGUAUCUGAAUGGAGUUUUCGGUGGCGCCGCGCCUGCUGCGGGUGCAGUUGGCGCUGGAGUUCCUACCGGACCUGCUGCUGCGGCACCACCAGCGGCAGCGCCCUUCGGUGGCUUCUCCGUCUCUUCCUUCUUCCAGUCCAUAGUGCUGCAAAAGGAGGCAGAUCGUCUGCUCAGCCAGCCCAACUUCCCAGCUGACCUGGCCGAACGCGUUCUCAACGUGCUGUCCAAUGCCGAGUUGGCCUUUGCCAACUGCAACACCGCCACGAUGCCCUGGCUGCAAAUCCGUUGCGUCAAGCCAGCCCUGACCACAGCCAAAAACGAUCUGAAGCUCAUCGAUGACGAGUGGCAGGCACGUCUGGCUGCCACCACAGCAGCCCCAGCCCCAGCACCAGCAGCAGGCGCAGCUCAGCUCUAAGACGACUCCAUUGGAUACCCGAAAAACAUACUUUAACUGCAAUACACCAGCAUAGAUUCGAUAUACUUUAAAUAAACCUUUUGAAAGCACCUAA